AAACAUUUUGCUUGAAUGAAUGACACAUAUUCUUGACGGAAUCUGAAACUCAAAAUAAAAAUUUAAUAAUGGUGGAUCGUUUGGUAAAUAGUGAAGCAAAUGCAAGAAGAAUUGCUAUGGUGGAGAACUGCUUCGGCAGUUCGGGUCAGCCGUUGGCAGAACAAGGCAGAGUUCUUGUGGGCGAGGGUGUCUUAACCAAAAUGUGCAGGAAGAAACCGAAAGCUCGUCAGUUCUUCCUCUUUAAUGACAUCCUGGUCUACGGAAACAUUGUUAUAAACAAAAAGAAAUGUAACAAGCAACAUGUCAUUCCACUAGAAGAAGUGAAACUGGAGGCUUUGAAGGAUGAUGGACAAUAUCGCAACGGGUGGCUUAUCCGCACGGCGUCCAAGUCGUUCGCGGUGUACGCGGCCACGGCCACCGAGAAGGAGGAGUGGAUGGCGCACAUAGAGAAAUGCAUAGAGGACUUGCUCAGGAAAAGCGGAAAGCAGCCGCCGUCGGAGCACGCCGCAGUAUGGGUGCCCGACAACGAGGCCUCAAUCUGCAUGCACUGCAAGAAGACACAGUUCACUGUCCUCAACAGGAGACACCAUUGUCGCAAGUGCGGGUCGGUGGUGUGCGGGCCGUGCUCGUCGAAGCGCUACGUGCUGCGCGGGCAGAGCGAGAAGCCGCUGCGCGUGUGCCUGCAGUGCUACGACGAGCUCACCCGCGAGCGCGCGCGGCCCAACCAGCCCAACCAGCCCGCCAAUACCAACACGCCCGUGAAACCGUCGUCGGACAACGCCGGCUCGGGCGGCGACUCGUCGGCCGACGACGACAGCGACGACGAUGACGACCGCACCGAGGAGAAACAUGAUGAGGGAUUUACAAGUUAUAACGGUGUCAAAAAUGGAUUUGGAAGUAAAGUCACAACAGUAUAGUACAAAUUCAGAUAGACCAAAAUUCUAUGGUGAUGGGGAUAAGACUGAAGAGACCAACAACCAUUCGUCCAAGGAUUCCGCCAAGUGAACAGAUGUUAGAGUUAGCUCCAAACUUAUCUUACCAAAACCUUUAACGGCCCUUAUAAACAAAUUUGAAGUGAUUUUCGACUUUAUAAUCAAGGUAAAAUUUAUAAUAGUUGGAAACUAUUUUUCAAUUACUAAUGUGACCAUUUUGAAUGUAUAUUUCUUAAAGUUUUGGUGAGAUAAAAGGUUAAUUAAUCUAUUUAUUGGCGCCCGAAGACACUGCAAUGUAAUUGAUACCAGUAUAUUACGUUUUCCCAAGUUAAUUAUUAUUUAUAGGGCGCCUAAAAUAGGAUUGAUUAACCUAAAAGAGCAAAAGUAAAAUAUUUACAAGUCUUAUGAACAGGCUGCAGAAAAAAACUGUUUUUUUAUUUAUUUAUUUGAUUUAUUUCUCUGGUGGAAUUUAUUGAUGGAAUAAAUCCAUAUAAUUUAAUAUGUAACCACAUUUGUUAAUUUUACUAAUUUCUUAUUCCACUACAUGUGUACAAAAUAUAAUAAAGAAUAUUCAGUGUGCUCUUAAGUCAACAGACAAAUUCUAUUUUACAUCACCUAUUCGAAAAAGGGCUUUUUCUUCCCCGCUAGGAGGGAUCAAAGUGGCACUUUUCUUCCCUGCUAGGAGGGAUCAAAGUUGUACUUUUCUGUUCUAGGACACGAUUUUUUCUUUCUUGCAUACAAUUUUUUUGUGGUCAAAUAAAUACAUAUUUUGGAACAUAACAAUUUCCUCAUAGUUGAUGUGAAAUGUGAAAAGUAGUAUGUUUCACACGGUAUCAAAAUUAUUUCGUCUUGGGCGUUAACACUUGAAUCCCUCAUUACGCUCAGGAUUCAAUGUACGCCCUUGACGGAAAUAUAUCAUAUUGAUCCCUUGUAACACAAACUACUAUUAAAUGUUGUUACAGCAUCGAGAAACGUAAAUGGAAAAUUAAAUGUUGCAUUACUACGAUAUCAUUGUUAUAGUUAGUACUGAAACCAAUAAAUGGAUGAUGAUACUUCAAAUUUUAGUUCAUGUGUGUUUUUUGUAUUCUAUUACAUAAGUUUUGAUCAAAUUUUCGUUUAAGUACAAUUUGGAACAUUUAAAAUGAUAUAUGUAUAACAACUAUAAAUUCCAGCCAAACGUGUACACAAUUUUCGAGUAUUUAUUAUUGUUUGCAACAAAAUGGAUGGGGACCACAAAGGCCGUUGGGCAAACGU